CAGUGAACCUGCAGAAACAGAGAUUCACAGCAAGCAAGCAGCAGCAGCAUCACGAGAGCUCAGCAUCUGGGAGCUGAGGAAAGCGCAGCCUGGCCAAGCCCCAGCUGAAGCCGGCCCAAUGACAGGCCUAAGUGCAGGGAGCCAUUAAUCCACUGCAAAGGGCAUUCCUCCUGUUGCCAGGAGCACAACCCCAGCUCUAGACAGAACAACCUCAAGCCAGCAAGAUGGCAGGAGCCUCUGUGAAGGUGGCGGUGAGAGUACGGCCUUUCAACUCCCGUGAAAUGAGCCGGGACUCCAAAUGCAUCAUCCAGAUGACGGGAAGCACCACCACCAUCAUUAACCCAAAACAGCCCAAAGAGACGCCCAAAAGCUUCAGCUUUGACUACUCCUAUUGGUCUCACACCACGCCAGAUGACAUCAAUUAUGCAUCUCAGAAGCAGGUGUACCGGGACAUCGGAGAGGAAAUGUUGCAACAUGCCUUUGAGGGCUACAAUGUCUGUAUAUUUGCCUAUGGGCAGACAGGUGCUGGAAAAUCAUACACCAUGAUGGGAAAGCAGGAGAAAGAUCAGCAAGGCAUCAUCCCACAGCUCUGUGAGGACCUCUUCUCCCGCAUUAAUGACACAACGAAUGACAACAUGUCCUAUUCUGUGGAGGUGAGCUACAUGGAAAUAUAUUGUGAGCGUGUGCGGGACCUCCUGAACCCCAAGAACAAAGGGAACCUGCGGGUGAGGGAGCACCCUCUGAUGGGUCCCUACGUUGAGGACCUGUCCAAGCUCGCUGUCACCUCCUACAAUGAUAUCCAGGACCUCAUGGACUCUGGGAAUAAAGCUAGAACAGUUGCUGCCACCAACAUGAACGAAACCAGCAGCCGCUCACAUGCUGUGUUUAAUAUCAUCUUCACCCAAAAGCGACAUGAUGCAGAAACUGACAUCACCACUGAGAAGGUCAGCAAAAUCAGUCUAGUUGAUCUGGCAGGAAGUGAACGGGCCGACUCCACAGGGGCAAAGGGAACCAGACUAAAGGAAGGAGCAAACAUCAACAAGUCCCUGACCACACUGGGGAAGGUUAUCUCUGCUUUGGCUGAAAUGGAUUCAGGGCCAAAUAAGAACAAGAAGAAGAAGAAAACAGAUUUUAUUCCUUACCGGGACUCUGUGCUCACCUGGUUGCUCCGAGAAAACCUAGGUGGUAACUCCAGAACUGCCAUGGUUGCUGCUCUUAGCCCUGCUGACAUCAACUAUGAUGAGACCCUCAGCACUUUAAGGUAUGCUGAUCGUGCCAAGCAGAUCCGAUGCAAUGCUGUCAUUAAUGAGGAUCCUAACAACAAGUUAAUCAGGGAACUGAAGGAUGAGGUGGCUCGUCUGAGAGACCUGCUCUACGCCCAGGGUCUUGGCGACAUCAUUGACACUAACCCUGUUCCAGGAGGAUCUAAAUAUGUGUCCGACUUUGAGAACAAUAACAGUAACCAUAGAGUGGCAGAACUGAGUCAACGCCCUGACAAUCUCUCCACAGUGACCAACGCCAUCGCCGGGAUCAGUCCCUCCUCCUCACUGUCAGCCUUGUCCAGCCGAGCUGCCUCUGUCGCCAGCCUCCAUGAACGCAUCAUGUUUGCUCCAGGCAGUGAAGAGGCCAUUGAGAGGUUGAAGGAAACCGAGAAGAUAAUUGCUGAGCUGAACGAGACCUGGGAAGAGAAGUUGCGGAGGACUGAAGCAAUCCGCAUGGAGAGGGAAGCUUUGCUUGCAGAGAUGGGCGUGGCCAUGAGGGAAGAUGGAGGGACUCUGGGUGUGUUUUCUCCUAAAAAGACACCCCACCUGGUCAACCUGAACGAGGACCCACUGAUGUCUGAGUGCCUUCUGUACUACAUUAAGGAUGGAAUUACCAGGGUCGGCCGAGAGGAUGCAGAGAGGAGGCAAGACAUUGUCCUCAGCGGACAUUUUAUUAAGGAAGAACAUUGCAUUUUCCGAAGCAACAUGAAGACUAGUGGUGAAGUUGUGGUAACCUUAGAACCUUGUGAAGGGGCUGACACCUAUGUCAACGGCAAGAAAGUAACAGAGCCCAGUAUCCUCCGAUCCGGAAACCGCAUCAUUAUGGGGAAGAGCCACGUGUUCCGAUUCAACCACCCUGAGCAGGCUCGUCAAGAGCGGGAGCGGACCCCCUGUGCAGAGACACCUGCUGAGCCCGUAGACUGGGCUUUCGCUCAGCGAGAGUUGCUGGAGAAACAAGGCAUUGACAUGAAACAGGAGAUGGAGCAGAGGCUUCAGGAGCUGGAGGACCAAUACAGGAAGGAGAGAGAAGAAGCCAACUACCUUCUUGAACAGCAGAGACUGGAUUAUGAGAGUAAACUGGAGGCUUUACAGAAGCAAAUGGAUUCCAGAUAUUAUCCUGAGGCCAACGAGGAGGAAGAAGAGCCUGAAGAUGAAGUCCAGUGGACUGAGCGGGAGUUUGAGCUGGCUUUGUGGGCCUUCCGGAAGUGGAAGUGGUACCAGUUCACAUCACUGCGGGACCAGCUAUGGGGCAAUGCCAUUUUCUUGAAGGAAGCCAAUGCCAUUAGCGUGGAGCUAAAGAAAAAAGUCCAGUUCCAGUUUGUCCUACUCACAGACACUCUGUAUUCACCUCUGCCUCCUGAUCUGCUGCCUCCUGAUGCUGCCAAAGACCGUGAGAAACGGCCCUUCCCAAGAACCAUCGUAGCUGUUGAGGUGCAGGACCAAAAGAAUGGAGCAACCCAUUACUGGACUCUUGAGAAACUCAGGCAGAGGUUGGACCUGAUGCGUGAGAUGUAUGACCGGGCGGCAGAAGUGCCUUCUAGUGUCAUCGAGGACUGUGACAAUGUGGUGACUGGCGGCGACCCCUUCUAUGACCGGUUCCCGUGGUUCAGGCUGGUUGGCAGUUCAGAUAUCUCUGGCUGCAACAGCUCUCCUCUUUUCAACACAUGCAUGAGCGAGCGCAUGGCUGAUCUCACCCCCUCCCCCACCUUCUCGAACCCCGACUCCGACAUCACCGAGCCUGCUGACGAGCAGCACGUGGGGAAGGAGGAGGAGGAGGAGGAGGACCUGGAGGAAGACAUCUUUCCGGAGUACCCGCUGUAUGAUGGCCGGGAUCCAUUUUACGACCGCUCCCCCCUGUUCAGUUUAGUAGGAAGGGCCUUUGUGUAUCUCAGCAACCUGCUGUACCCAGUGCCUCUGGUCCACCGCGUCGCCAUUGUCAGCGAGAAAGGGGAAGUGAAGGGGUUUCUGCGUGUAGCAGUCCAAGCCAUCUCAGCGGAUGAAGAAGCCCCAGAUUAUGGUUCAGGAGUACGACAGUCAGGGACAGCCAAAAUAUCUUUUGAUGAUCAGCACUUUGAGAAGUUCCAGUCUGAGUCCUGUCCCCCAGUGGGAAUGUCUCGUUCAGGGACCUCUCAGGAGGAGCUGCGGAUUGUUGAGGGACAGGGACAGAUCACUGACAUUGGCCCUUCAGCAGAUGAAGUCAACAACAACACCUGUGCAGUAACUCCAGAGGACCUCCUCCUGGACAGUCCAGAAAAAGCUGCUGUGGAUGGGCCUUUGGAAGCAGCUCUGGACCAUCUGAAGCUGGGCAGCAUUUUUACCUUUAGAGUGACUGUUCUUCAGGCCUCAAGCAUCUCAGCAGAAUAUGCUGAUAUCUUCUGCCAGUUUAACUUUAUCCAUCGCCACGAUGAGGCCUUUUCAACUGAGCCAUUAAAGAACACAGGACGCGGGCCACCUUUGGGCUUCUAUCAUGUCCAGAACAUUGCGGUAGAGGUGACAAAGUCAUUCAUUGAAUACAUCAAGAGCCAACCGAUUGUAUUUGAGGUGUUUGGGCAUUAUCAGCAACAUCCCUUCCCACCUCUCUGCAAGGAUGUCCUCAGCCCUCUAAGACCAUCUCGACGCCAUUUCCCCCGGGUCAUGCCAUUGUCCAAACCAGUGCCUGCGACGAAGCUGAGCACCUUGACGCGCCCCAGCGCUGGGCCCUGCCAAUGCAAAUAUGACCUGAUGGUCUUCUUUGAGAUCUGCGAGCUGGAGGCCAACGGCGAUUACAUUCCUGCUGUUGUGGAUCAUCGUGGAGGGAUGCCUUGCCAUGGAACCUUCCUGCUCCACCAGGGCAUACAGAGGAGGAUCACUGUGACCUUGGUGCAUGAGACAGGCAGCCACAUCCGCUGGAAGGAAGUGCGGGAGCUGGUUGUGGGUCGGAUUCGAAACACCCCAGAAGUGGAUGAGUCUCUCAUUGACCCCAACAUCUUGUCACUGAACAUCCUGUCGUCUGGAUACAUCCACCCCUCCCAAGAUGAUCGGACGUUUUACCAGUUCGAAGCAGCGUGGGACAGCUCUAUGCAUAACUCCCUCCUACUGAAUCGCGUCACCCCUUACAGAGAGAAAAUCUACAUUACACUUUCUGCUUAUAUUGAGAUGGAGAACUGCACCCAGCCAGCCGUGAUCACUAAAGAUUUCUGCAUGGUCUUUUACUCCAGAGAUGCCAAACUUCCAGCUUCACGUUCCAUCCGUAACCUAUUUGGCAGUGGGAGCUUGCGUGCCUCAGAGAGUAACCGUGUGACUGGAGUGUAUGAACUCAGCCUUUGUCAUGUGGCUGAUGCUGGCAGUCCAGGCAUGCAGAGGCGACGCAGGCGUGUGCUGGACACCUCGGUGGCAUACGUGCGAGGUGAGGAGAACCUAGCUGGGUGGAGACCCCGGAGCGACAGCCUUAUCCUGGAUCAUCAGUGGGAGCUGGAGAAGCUCAGCCUCCUGCAAGAGGUCGAGAAGACAAGGCAUUACCUGCUUCUGCGUGAGAAGCUGGAGACGACCCAGCGGUCAGGCCUGGAUGCCCUGUCCCCCUGCUCCAGUGAGGACUCUGACUCCCGCAGCACAUCCUGUGUCUCCUCCCCGCUUUCAGCAGACGGCCCCCCAGAGGGCAGGACGUCUCCCCCAGAGACCCCCAGUGACAGGCAGAAGGAGCUGGCAGUCAAGUGCCUGCGUCUCCUUACCCACACAUUCAACAGAGAGUACAGUCACAGCCAUGUUUGCAUCAGCGCCAGCGAGAGCAAGCUGUCAGAAAUGUCAGUGACCUUGAUGAGAGACCCCUCAAUGCCUGCUCUUGGUGUCACCACCCUCACUCCCUCCUCCACCUGCCCAUCACUGGUAGAGGGUCGGUAUAAUGCCACAGAACUCAGAACCCCCCAGCUCUGUUCCAGGGCAGAAAGCCCAGAGCCAGAGCCUGCAGCAGAUGGAGAACAAAAGAAAUCUCCUAUGCGUGGGCCUGAAGAAGAGAAAGAACCCCGGCGUUUAUUGGUUCCUGAUAUUCAAGAGAUCCGGGUCAGCCCCAUUGUCUCUAAGAAGGGCUACCUGCACUUCCUGGAGCCUCACACCAAUGGCUGGGUGAAGCGCUAUGUGGUGGUGAGGCGUCCCUAUGUCUACAUCUACAACACAGACAAGGACUCUGUAGAGAGGGCCAUCCUCAACCUCUCGUCAGCUCAGGUGGAAUACAGUGAGGACCAACAGGCCAUGCUGAAGACCCCCAACACAUUUGCAGUGUGCACAGAGCAUCGUGGAAUCUUGCUGCAGGCGAGCAGCGACAAGGACAUGCACGACUGGCUGUAUGCAUUCAACCCCCUCCUGGCUGGAUCCAUCAGAUCCAAACUGUCCAGAAGAAGAACAGCCCAGAUGAGAAUCUAACCUAAAACUCAAAACCAUCCUCCACCUCAUCCAUCUGCCAACAGGAUUGAGAUCGUUGAUUCUCAUCAAAAGCCCCCAUCUUAACUUCAGAUCUCUCAUACCACCUACCGCCCUAGCUGCCUGCUCCACCGGAGGAUACAUCUUGAUCUACACCUUCACUGGGAAAAUUCAUUUCUGUUGUAGCUGCAAAAGCCUGGUACAGCCUGGCCAUGAUUUCUUGUGUGCAUGUGAUCCUCUGCCCGUCUCCUUGUUGGGUGACCUUGGUGUCAUAUGACCCGUAACUCUAAGAAGCGGGCGCUGCGGUUUUUUUUUUGUUCCCAUUUUAAAACAAGUCUUCAGUUUAAAGAGGCAGGAGUGUGUGAAAGCUCAGAGGUUACAAGUCAUGAGGAGUUGCUUCUGUGUGAAGAGAAAGUGGUAGUUUAGGUAUUUCCCAAUUUAUUGAAGUUUAAAAAGAAAAAAAGAGAAGCAGUGACAUGAUAAACUAAGUUACAGUAGUUUGAGAUUAUAUUUAUAAAGUAUUUAUUUCUAUUUACUUCACUGAAAGCUAUACAUUGAGUUAAUUCUGUAUUGUUCCUCAAACUCACACACAUACAAAGCCUCCCCCAGGAAAGGGAAGGCCAUGGAAGAUGGGCCACCAAAGAGGGUCUUGUCUGGCCAUUUUGCGAUGCCAUCUUUGUCUUCUUUCAUGGACCUUUUCACUGGGAGGUCUGGCUGAAUUCAACUGGUCCCACCUGUUGUGAGUGCUGACAUCUGCACUCUUCGUAACUCCAGAACUAUUGCCCCAUGCUCCAUCUGCUUGGCCGUGACUCCAGAGUCAAAACCACUUUCCCUACAAGUGGCAACUAGGCAAUGAGUCAUGACUUCCCACAUAAAGUGAUUUCCACCCACCCUGUGCACCUCAGGAAGGAAGUGGCUUGCUGCAUACAUAGAAUAGCAGAGACACCCGUUCUCCCAUGGGCAUGUCACUGCAUGUACUGGGGCCCUUCCUCAACUUGCUUGUACCAUGUAAAGAUCAGUGUGUGUGUUGAGGGUGUGUGUGUGCAUGUUUUUCACCCAGUACUUGAAAUCCAGUCAUGUAGCAUUUAGUGGCUAGCCAGGUGGGAUGCAGUGAUGGCUGGUUCUGGUUGAUUCUAUCAAGAAGGUUUGGUUUUGAGGGGGCAGAGGUAUUACCUCUAGUCUGGUUACUUUUAGCACCUAUGUUGGUAUGGGGGAAAAGAGGCAGAAGAGGAGUCUGAAGUUCUGGAAGAGCAUAUGGUCCAGUCAUUUAGCUUGGAAGGAUAGUGCUGUUUGAACACGUCCCAAGCAUAGUGUGCAGCCUGCCUCUCAGAAAUCUUGAGCAAGAAACCAUAAGCACACAGGCCAUCUGCACCAUCCUGUCCUAAUCUCUGCCCUGGGUUGGAGGCUUUGGAAAAACUUUGAGAGGAUGAAUCAGUGUCACAUGGACUUGCAUCCAGAGGGGGCUGUGGAACCCUUUCUGGUCCAAUAAAUUCGAAUGGGGACGUGGGGAGAGGCCUGAAGGGAUACCAUGCUGCUAGGGAAUGUGCUAUUGUGAGUGGCAGCAGGCUCCCAUUAUGCAUAACCACAGCUCGGGUUGGACUAGUUCACCAGGUGACACUAAAUAGCUAGUUCACUGCAGGAGUGAUGAAAGGGCUCAUGCCAUUAUACCUGGGCAGAUGGCCAGAAUUAAUAAAGGGCUUUUUAAAACGAGAUCAGAAAGUUUCAUAGGAGCCCAGAGUCAGAGCAGCUGCCUUGAACCAGGUGGCUAACUCUCAUGCCCUUUGCUGAAAGGGCUUUUACUUUCCUUCCUUUUUCUUAGGGAAAGAACCUGCUCAAAGCAGAUGAAUGGGGAAUGGAGAGCAUGGCAGGGGUUUGGGGUGGGAAUGGCUAGGAAGAUAUAAACUGAGGCUUCUUUUUACUUUUGUAUGUGAUGUUUCUUAUACCCCUUCCCAUUUAAAAUAGUAACUUCCACCUUCUUUCCCGUGCCCCCAUCUCUCUGUCUGACUUAGGCUGCCUUUGUAGAAUAGCUAAGUUGGUGGGGAGGAAGCUUACCAAAGCAGAGACAUGGCGUGGUCAACAGCCCUUCUCCCCUUUGCAAAGACCUGGUUGACUGAUGAUUGAUUAACUUGAUAUAAGCUUUUCUAAGGUCACUGAAGCAGCCAAGGUCUUUGCUUUUUAAUGCCCAGGAUUGUUUUUGUUCAGCGCUCCCCUUGUGAGAUUUCCAGUUGGUCAUGUACACACAAGUCCAGGCAGAAAUGUCAAGGAGGAGAUUUCUCCACCUAUAUCCCAGGACCCCUUGCUGGUCCAUGCUUCAUCAUCACACAUUCACGGCUGACCUUAAAUUUGCACAGCACAGCUGCGCCUUGGUUCUCUUUGGCACUUUUCCAUCCUGUCUGUUGUGUUUGCUGAGUGCUGUAUGUGUGGUUCCAAGUGGAGAUGGUCUCUGCACAGCUUUUCUUUCCUCUUUACUUUUUUGUUUUGUUUCGUGGAGGCUUGGAGGGGGAGGCAUAGAAGAGGGAGGCAGGAACCCCAAUGCAGCCUGUAGUCUGCUUCCACAAAUCAGUCAAGAUGUCCCACACACCCAAGGGCUGGCAGCCUGCCAUCACACUGUGGUGUGAACACAGCCUCCGUGGGGUGCUCCCCCAGCCCCAGCCUCUCACUGGCCCAGAAGCAGAACAUGUGUUUCAAGACAGGAUGUAGUUUAGCCCUCCUGCUGCGUGCUGAAUGGCCUUUUAUUUCUCUCCAGAACCCUUUUCUUUUUGGUUCUGAACAGCUCCCUGGCAUCACUCAUGUUCCCAGGGGGGUUUCAUUCUAUCUCACAGACCUGGAUGGCAUCAUGGGUCUCCACAGGGAACAGUGUCAAAUUCAGCCUCCAGUGCUUGCUCCUUUCCUUCUGUGUGCCAGUCCUACGUUUCUGGGAAGACAGGUCAGACAGCAGCUUGUCCACACAGACAAAGAUUUCUUAGUAUUACAGCUCAAAUGUCCAUAGCCAGGAAUGAGCACUUUUCCCCAUCUAAAUAUGUUUUAAAGGGUUUUAGAAAUCCAGAGGGAAACUUUUCACUUCUGACAGGAACAUGCAAAAGAAUCUCUUAAUGCUUGACCCAGUUGAGGAGAACAUUUAAGUAUGUGCUUAAGUCACACUGAACAGUUAAGCAUAUGCCUAAAGUUAAGCAGGUGCUUAAAUUCUUUGCUAAACAGGACUAGAGAAGAAAAGUGAGGAAAGGGUGGAAAUGCCAUUGGUUACCAUAGGGAAAGGUGGCUUGGAAGUUUUCCUUUGACAGGGUUGUGGGGUAAUGAUUAUGGGGCCAUGCCUUAGGUCAGCAAUCCUGAAGAGCGUGGUCUUUGGUCUGGUUGUGGAAGAGACCUUGGUUUCAUUCAGUCAGUGCUGAGUGUGCCUGAGGCCAGCAAACCUGUAGAGCACACCAGGUGGCUGAGUUGAGGAUCAAGGGCCUGACCCAAAGCUUCCUGAAGUCAGUAUAGUGCUUCCUGUUGACUACACUGGGCUUUGGAUCAGGCUUUGAAUGUGAAGGCUGAGGUGGAGAAGUUUAGGGAGGAAUGACUGCCUAGGGGGCUUACAGUGGUUCCCUACAGUAUAUCCAAGUAGCUGUAAUCUGUGGAUUUCACAGGCUCCACCCAAGCAAUGGCUGGCAGUAGUCCUAAUCCAAGUCCCCUCUUUAUGUGACACCCUGCACCUUUCUUCAUGUCUCAUCCUUGCUGUUGAAGGUUCCACCCAUUCCCAAAAUUCAAGUAGAUGAGACUAGCCCCUGCCCUCAGAGUAGCUAAGGAGAAUUUCCAUUCACAUUUCUUUGCUUUGUACUGAAGGAUGAAAAGGGUCGAGAUAUAUAAGCAUUAAAGAUGAAGCAAAACCUCGAGCUUCAGUUAAUCAGAGAUGAGGCACAGAAGCUUUGUGAGGGUGAGAACAGCAAGAGGAAAAGAAACAAGGAAUCCUUGUCACAGAGAGAGACGCUGAACAAGGCAUUCUGGAGGAAGUCCCCACUGUGUUUCAGUGCGUGUAGAUGAACUGGAGAACCAGCUGAGUUCAGCCUGAACAACCAAGAUGUAGACUGGCCACUCAGAAGUGACACCACUGUUGUCCUUUAAUAGUUUUCUGCUGUUUCCUUUAGAUCACAUAGGCCAGUGAGAUACAAUGUUGUCAAAAAAGUUAACCAUGACUUAACAGGGAGUUAGGAUAAGAGGUAAUUCCAAAAAACACACUUGUCAUUUGGAAACAUCUUUGAAAUGGCCUCUCUGCCUGAGCUUUUGUAACCAUACAAGGGGAACCAGUCAUCCAUUUACACCAGGGUUUUCCUAUGUAGGGCCCAAACUAAUGAAAUAAUUUUAUUAAGAUCAUAACUAGGUGCUUAAUCUAAGGAGAAAAUGCCAGUGCUGCAAAGGGCCUUCAGGCAGAGGGACUGCUGGUUUUGUAACAACAGGAUUGUUUCCUAAAAUGACCUCAGAACAAACUUGCUAGCAGAAGUUUGGACAGUAGGCAGCACCCGAAUGAGAAUUGGGGUAGCUCACACAAGCAGUUCCAGCUGUUGCCAAUGAUGAUGCAUCCAUGCUAACACACACUGUAAACAGCAACAGCCCAUAUGUCUUAACACCUGUCUAAUAUGCUCUUACUGUCUUUCUGUCUUGUAUUUAAUGAGCUGUAUGAAGGAAUCCAUCACUUUUCAUGAGCUGUGACUCGUUAUUAUGAUCUUACUGUACAAUGAAGGAGGUUGUGGUUAAUUUUAUUUUGUUUUACUUUUUUUGCCUGUGCUUCCAUUAUCUAGUUUGUCCACAUGAGUUCUUCCUGUGAUGCCAUCCCCAAGUGCUGGGAGACCAUUUCUCUUGCUUUGUAUAUAUGUGAUUGCUGUGGGCACACCCUUUACCACUGUAUAAUAACAAGAAAAAAAUACUGAAGUACUGAGUCUAGUUUUCUUGAUGUCUUAAACUAUGAGUGUUGGAACCUAGGGUCUUAAACUGUUUGUGUACACUUAAGGCAUUGUUCAGUUAAGAAAUAAAUGUGGCAUUUAUGCAAAUACUGGAACAA